GGCUGCUACCUUCCCUCCAGGCCCACGUUCCGCCUUAGCUGGAGGCGUCGGUUGGCUCCGCGCGCAUGCGCACGCGCCUUGGGCGGCCCGGGGAGGGGCUCGGGAGGCCUGGGCCGUCCUACUGGGGGAGUGCGCUUGCGCCCUUCGACCCGGGCGGGACGUUCAGCUGGUGCUGGAAGACCUGCAGUCAGGAUGAGCCCGGAUCGCCGCUUUUUACUGCCUGCACAGGGAUUAACACCUUCUAAAAGAAAAGAAAGCCGACGUGGCGGCGCACGCCUGUAAUCGCAGCCAUAGGGAGACUGAGGCAGGAGGAUUGCGAGUUUUAAGUCGGCCUAGGCAACUCGGCAGUUUAGCAAGAGCCUGUCCAAAAAAAGAGCGGGGGGUCGUUUUCUGAGUUCAGUCUCCAGUACCGCCAAAAAUAAAACAAAAGUAGAAGUGCCCAUCUUAAGAACCUCGGCCGGGGAUUUAGCUCAGUGGCACCGCACCUAUCUCGCAAGCGCAAGGUCCUGAGUUCGAUCCCCGAUAGCGGGGGGAAAAAAAUUCAUCAAAGAACAGAACAACAGCAUUCACCCUCUAGCCACCCCCAGUUACUUCUCAUUUGUCUGCUCCCGUUUGCAGCCGAAGUCUUCAGUGUGUACCCAUUAGAGCUUUUCCCAUAACGAGUCUUCAGCCCACUCCGGGUCGGCCUCGGUCCCCACUUCCCCCGCUGAAACAGCUCUGCUGAAGCUGCUAAUGAUGUUUGGGUCGCCAAGUUAAGUGUUCAGUUCUUGUCCCGCAGCAAGAUUUGAUGCAGCUCUCGAAAUGCCUGCCUAUGGCUUGCUGACUGUCCUCUUCCUUUGCCUCUGGCUUCUCGCAAUGAGUCUUGCUCCUUUUCUUGAUUUUUAAUAGCUGUACUACCCGAAGGCUUAACCCUAGGGGGCUUCUUUGUCUCUAUUCAAUCCCUAGGCAUUACCCAUUUUAUACUGUAAAUAUAAAUACCAUUCAUUGUGCUGCUAACUCAGAUUUCUAUCUUCUACCUUGAACUCUAGAUUCAUAAAGUUCAGCCCUGACGUAACACCUCUUAGGUGUCUACUUGGCAUUUUGAUUGGGUUUAUCACGGAAAUUUUGAGUUUUAUCCUUCACACACCAUGCCUUCUCAUAUCUUCCUAUUCUUCCAGUAUCUCAGGCCACAAACCUUGAGGUAUUCAUGAUGUGUUUUGCUCUCUUUCCCUUCUCCACCAACCUGUUAGCAACCUACUUAUCCUUGAGGUUCUGAAGUCCUGCUUCUGGAUGUCUGAGUGUUGUCUUUGACACUCCCCAAGUUCUUUCUGCUUGAGAAUUUGUUUCAGUUUUUUGACAUUCUCUGUCAUUAUUCAGAUUUAUUUAUCCUUUGUCUCCUGUCAUGCUUAUUGCACCUAAGAAUAAGAAUAUGGAACAGUAAUCGUUUGUCGCUUGCAACAACCCUGCACAGUGUGUUAACCACUAAAUGCUGGAGGUGAUUGUCACAAAAUGGUAUUUGUACGUCUAGAUACAGAAAAGGCUGAACUCGAACUUGUGCCCCUCUUGCCUCAGCUCCCCAGAAUGCUAGGAUUACAGGACUGCGCCACCACACCUGGCUCCAUGUAUCUUUAGAAGAGGUGCAGUUGGACCCACAGUAGCCACUAACGGAGCUCUCUUCUGCUCCCUCUCCCAUCAAGCACCUCACACAUUACCAUGGCCCUGGUGUCUGCUGACUCCCGCAUCGCAGAACUCCUCACGGAGCUCCAUCAGCUGAUCAAACAAACCCAGGAGGAGCGUUCACGGAGCGAGCACAAUUUAGUGAACAUCCAGAAGACCCACGAGCGGAUGCAGACAGAGAACAAAAUUUCUCCUUAUUUCCGGACAAAGCUGCGCGGCCUGUACACAACUGCCAAGGCUGAUGCAGAGGCCGAGUGCAAGGAUAAUAACACCCUACAGCGUUGUGAACAUAAAUGGGGUAGUUCCUAGAAAGACCAGAUGCCAGCUCUCUGCAGACUCUUCUGACCGUCCCUUUCGCAUCCUCAGGAAGGCCCUGGAUAAGAUCGCCGAGAUCAAGUCUCUCUUGGAAGAGAGGAGGAUUGCGGCCAAGAUCGCAGGCCUGUACAAUGACUCGGAGCCCCCUCGGAAGACCAUGCGGAGAGGGGUGCUCAUGACGCUGCUGCAGCAGUCGGCCAUGACCCUGCCCCUGUGGAUUGGGAAGCCUGGUGACAAGCCCCCACCUCUCUGUGGGGCCAUUCCAGCGUCAGGGGACUACGUGGCCAAACCUGGGGACAAGGUUGCUGCACGGGUGAAGGCCGUGGAUGGGGACGAGCAGUGGAUCCUGGCUGAGGUGGUCAGUUACAGCCACGCCACCAACAAGUAUGAAGUAGAUGACAUCGAUGAAGAAGGCAAAGAGAGACACACCCUCAGCCGCCGGCGGAUCAUCCCGCUGCCCCAGUGGAAGGCCAACCCUGAGACAGACCCAGAGGCCUUGUUUCAGAAGGAGCAGCUUGUGCUGGCCCUGUAUCCACAGACCACCUGCUUCUACCGGGCCCUGAUCCACACGCCCCCGCAGCGGCCCCAGGAUGACUACUCCGUCCUGUUUGAAGACACCUCCUAUGCGGAUGGCUACUCCCCUCCUCUCAACGUGGCCCAGAGGUACGUUGUGGCUUGUAAGGAGCCGAAGAAAAAGUGAAGAAGGCUGGCAGACACAGUCGACUGCUGCCGUAAAUCCUCCUGGGAGAAGGCAACAGGAUUUUCUGUGAGCAAAUAAAUACUGGUCCCUCUCCCUCAUGUCUCCUGGGCCUCACUCCCCACAUCUCCCCACCGAAGCGGCAGGUGGUGGAGUAGAGGCCACUGUGGGAGAGGCCGUGUCUGGGCCCAGGGGGACUGGCUGUCAGCUCAGGUUUUCUCUGCUUGCAACACAGGCCUGCGUGGGCACAUUGAACUUUAUUCCUGAGGUCAGGGUCAGGCUGCUGGACACCCCCCUUGCAUGGAGAGGCCUCCAGCAGGGGAGAGCCUGGUCACAGGGAUGGGGCCGUGGCUCUUCUUGUUCUUCACCCAGGUCUCUACACAAACACAAGUUUUCUUAACCCAGAUGUUUUAAUGUGUUCAAGUAAAACCUUUCCAGACUGUGGAGGCCAGAGACAGAAAGUAGCAGUGGGCUGAGUUGGUACACUAAGGGUCAGGUCUCCAGCAGGUCUGCCCAGUAUCUGUUGAGACAAGAAGGCUGAUCAAAGGCAGCUUAGGGAUGGCGAGGAAAGUGAGGGAGCCAAGCCCAUCUCACUUCUAAUUCAGAGUCCUGGUCUUUCUCAUCGGCACCAUUAGGCACAGCCAGAUCAGAUCUUCCCAGGGCACUGAGCUCUUCCAGCUGCUAGGGUGCGUUUGGGUGGAGAUGAUGGAGCCAGGCAUCCCAAGCUCCCUGUGGCCAUGGCCCAGGGUGCAUGACAAAGACGCAGCUGCUCUGGUGUGCAGUGAAAACUCCUCCGAACUCCAGCCAGACAACUCUUGUCUUGUGCACAGCCUGUCUCCCAUUAAAUGUUCAGUGGGCCCUGGUUCUCCCCCCCGCCAAGUGCUAGGCUUCGCGCCAGACGCACAGCGAGGUCACCCAUCACUGCAGCUGCGCGGUGCAUGGGGCCUGAGCACACACUUCCACGGAGCCUUCUUGCUUCUGGCCCUGCCUUCACUGUUUGUCAGUGCUGCAGAGCCAGCAGCUCAGCAGAGGCUUGGCCCCUUCCACAGUGCUGCAGCACAAGGCCUCCACCACUCGGUUCAUGAGCCUGAGGAAACCCACUGUCCGUGUUGGGCUUACCUGAGUAGUUCUUUGGAUUGUUGGCUUGCUCUCAAUUCAGAGGCAGAUGUUUAUUCUCCAGAAAAUUUAUGAAACAUGUGGCACCCAACAUAGGGCCCAACAUCCAAAGACAACUCAGGGAAGAGUACCUUGUGGAGAAACCCCAGUGCGGACCUCUUCUAGAUGGGAUGGGGUGGUGUACCUCCUGAGUGAGUGUGGUCCACCGUGUUGGUACAUGGAUGCCCCCCAAAUUCCUGAUGGCUCAGAGCAACUUCUGCAGUCCCCGAGGUCAGCCUCAGGGUACAGGAGAGCUGAGGCUGCUGCGGUUGGCCCUCCACGGCUGGUCCGGGUAGGGUGCUGAGGCUCAGCCCAGGGGAGAUCUUGGGAUGGACAGCUCUCUCCACCUGGGAAGGGUAAUGACUAGGGCGGAUAUCUCCAAGCCACCCUGUGAGUAUGGAGAGACUUGAAAGAUUGGGGGGAAAUACUGACAUUUGUUGCUGAGCAACAUGAUUUCAAGGCAAGAGAGCUUUGUCAGAUCAGAGCAGCCGUGAUGGGGCUCCUCCUCAUGGAGCAGCAGAGGCUGAGCCCCGAGAUCAAGCCUGUGGCCGGCAAGUACAGCAGGAAGAGAACUGGGAUCUUGUACAGGUGCUGGUGUUGGGGGUAAUGCCCAAAACAUCUCAAGGCGUGGAAUUGGGAACCCAGUCCCCGAAGGGUGAGAGGGCCUGGCAUAGUCCUAAAGUUCUGGGACUCCUAUGGUUGAGAAAGACACACAUGAUGUCUGUAAAGGACAUUGAAAAGAUUUGGUAGCAGCCUAUGCCAGUGAAAAUAAAGUAACUACAGGCAUUCUUAGGCCUCAAGGGGUACUGGCAUGUCUUCAUAGCACACUUUGCUCAAGUUGCUUGGCCUCUGUAUCACUAGAUGAAAAGAGGGACCAUAUGGGAUUGAAACAAGGGCUCAAGAGGCUUUUGAGCAAGCUAAGACAUUUGUGGGGCAUGCUGGUUAUGUACCCCAGUGUCCCGGUGUCCACUUGCUGUGGAGGAUACGGGGGGUCCCAAGGGUUACAGCUUGUUGCUGUGGCAGAACCAACAUGGACAGACUCCAGUAGGGUUCUGGUCCCAAUAUGGAACGGGCAGGAGCCAGGGCACUGAAUAGUAGUUGCUGGCCAUAUAGAAAGCCGAUCACCACAUGGGCUGCAGUGACAGUAAAAACAGCGUGUUCAAUAAAGGGCUGGAUUGAAGGCCUUUUGGCCAAAUCUAUUUCUGGGGUGGGACAAAAUGAGACUCCACGAAAGUGGCAUGCGUACUUUAGUGGUAUGGAGUCCUAUCUGUGAGGCCUGUGGUGACAAGUACGAUGCAGACGGUGCUGGAAUGGAUACUGCCCAUCCCCGAAGAUGCUUGGUGCACUGUGACUCUAGGCAGGCACAAAGCGGGAAUAUGCGGCAGGACAGAUACCCUCUGGCGCACACAGUCAGUGGGCUGCGUUAAGAGCAGCACGGAUGCUGGUGAACAUGAGAAGGAGCCACUAAAUAUCUGCACGGAUAGCUGGGAGGUCUGUGAUGGCACGAAGGGAAAGGAGCACCACUGGCAGGUGAUGGUGGAGACUGGAAGAGGACAGAUGAGUCAGAGCCACUAGCAGUCUUUCAUGUGGCUGUGCACAACCUAAGGCCCCCAGUAAGCAAGAGGCUAAUGGUCUCAGAGCUCCAAGCUGUUUGUCCCCGACACCUGAAGAAAUGACUUGGAUGAAUGAGACUCGGCACCAGAGGCCACCAUGGACUGGAGGACAGCAGAAGCUACAGGCAUGCCCAGACAGUAUUCGGGCAUUUUACAUGCUGCCUGGCUGCGAAGCCAGCUGUGUUCUACGGCCUCAAAGGAUGGACACAUUAGGUAGAUGCAGAAGCCAGUAUCCCAGGUAGAGACGGCAGGAGGAUUAUGUCAGCUUGUGCCUGUGAGUCACUCACCUGUGUGCAUACUGCACAGGGCUUGUGCAGGCCUUGCCCUAAACCCAGCCCCUGGGGAAGCCACCACUGAGGGUUUAGCUCUGCUGUGUGUGGGUGCCCAGGGCACUGACAGUGACAAGGGCACUCAUUUCCCCAGCACUCAUGUGCAGAGUUGGUCUGAGGACCAUCAAGUACCAUGAUACCUUCACCUGCAUUACAGUCCCACAGGGGCUGGCUUGAGUAAAAAGAAAAACAGGUAGUUGAACAAAAGUGAAAAGGGUUAAAGGGAGUCACCCUGUGGUGGGGGGGGAAUUCUCCCAGAAGCCGUAAAGUUGCUGAAUGGAAAUCCCAGUGCCAGGGUGGCUGCCUGUCUAUGGAUUGUUGGGUCCUGUGGUCUCCCACAGCACAGAGGCUAUUGACACCACUGUUGGCUGCACACCAGAACUGGACAGUCUACUACUGAAGACAUGCGUUGGCUGCAGGGCCUGGAGAGGUCAAGCUGGGACUGCACCAGGACCUCCCUCUCUAGCGUUCAUAGUGCCAGAGGGAAGUCUGCGUGCUGCCGGGGAGAAAUGUCACCAACAGUCCUGCUUGGCUGUAGGCCUCGUGUGUCACACUGCCAGCAUGCUGGCAGGAUAUCCCUGCAGGUGCAACAGAGGCCUGACUCCUUUGUGAGCAAACAACACAUUUCCCAUUGACCAUGAGCGUCCUCCAAGGGAAGAAACCCGUAUUCAAUACUGCAAGCCAGGACAAAAAUCCAUGGUUGAAGUUGGAGAACCCUAUGGGGAAGCCAUGGCUCAUGUUAAGUGGAUGUGAUGUUUGAAUACCUCCCCAAAAAAUGUCUGCACACCUGCCAUUCCUGGCCACAGCCAAGAGGAAGCUCCUCUUACCGUGGGCAGUGUCCAGGGCGACCUGGGUAUGUGGCUAAGCUCUGCUCUCCAGUCACGUGGGCAUGGCCUGGCAUAUGUUGCCCUUGUCCUCCAGAACUGGAGUGACUUAGGGAACACACAUCCCAGUAGUCCUGGUCCUGAGAGAAGCCUUAACAGCUGAGAAAAACAUGUACACAAAUCCUGAACCAUGCAGUGUUGUGGGACGCGGUGACCCAAAUGGUACUUAAACAUGUACACGUGUACACUUACGCCCCCUUCUGUCUUAAAAGGAGUAAUAAACUGGUCCUUCUCUCUGUGAA